GACCGUGAAUUGGUUGUGGUGCUCGGGAGGCGUGUCCGGCGCGCGCGAGAGGGAGCGUGAGGGAGCGAGCGGCCCGCGGGCCUGCCAGCUAGCCAGAACCGCGGACGGGCGCGGAGACCCGGGUCCGAGGGAGGAGCGCGGCGCGGGAGGCGCGUCUGCCAGCUCCGGGUGGCCGUCCUCCGCGGCUCGAGCACCUCGCCUCCUUCCCUCCCCUCCCCAGCGCUCCGGCCUGGCGUCUCGGGGCGGGGAGCGGAGGGAAGGGACGAAAGAAGAGGAGGAGAAGGAGGAGGUGAAAGCGAGGUGAGGGGCCGAGGGGUCCCGGCGCGGGGCGAGGCGCGCGUUGCCUUUGACUCUCCCGCCUCCUGGCCGCCACCGCCUGCCCGGGCGCGCGGGGCUCCGGGGGCGCCCGCAGUAUGCAGCGGGACCGUCAGCUGCCGCGAUGGCGAGCCGGUCGGUAGUGAGAGCUGGGCGAAGCCCGCCGUGUUCCCGAGUCCGGGCCGCGGCCGCCGUCCCCGCCCGGGCUGCGCUCCCCCUCUACUGCUCCCUCCCUCUUCGCUCCAACUCCUCCUCCUCCAUGCCUCUGUUCCUCCUGCUCUUACUUAUUUUCCUGCUGCUCGAGGACGCCGGAGCCCAGCUAGGUGAUGGAUGUGGACAUACGGUACUAGGCCCUGAGAGCGGAACGCUUGCAUCCAUCAACUACCCGCACACCUACCCCAACAGCACCGUUUGUGAGUGGGAGAUCCGUGUGAAGGUGGGAGAGAGAAUCCGCAUCAAGUUUGGCGACUUUGAUAUCGAAGAUUCCGAUUCUUGUCACUUCAAUUACCUGCGACUUUUUAACGGAAUUGGAGUCAGCAGAACUGAAAUAGGCAAAUACUGUGGUCUGGGAUUGCAGAUGAACCAUUCAAUUGAAUCAAAAAGCAAUGAGAUUACAGUGCUGUUCAUGAGUGGAAUCCACGUUUCUGGACGAGGAUUUCUAGCCUCCUACUCGCUUAUAGAUAAACAAGAUCUAAUUACUUGUUCGGACACUGCAUCCCAUUUUUUGGAACCUGAGUUCAGUAAGUACUGCCCGGCUGGCUGCCUGCUUCCUUUUGCUGAAAUAUCUGGAACAAUUCCUCAUGGAUACAGAGAUUCCUCACCGCUGUGCAUGGCAGGUGUGCAUGCAGGAGUAGUGUCUAAUAUUUUGGGUGGUCGGAUCAGCGUUGUAAUUAGCAAAGGCAUCCCGUACUAUGAAAGUUCUUUGGCUAAUAACGUCACUUCUGUGGUGGGACACUUGUCUACAAGUCUUUUUACAUUUAAGACAAGUGGUUGUUAUGGGACACUGGGCAUGGAGUCCGGUGUGAUUGCUGAUGCUCAGAUUACAGCCUCCUCAGUGCUGGAGUGGACUGACCACACCGGGCAAGAGAACAGCUGGAAACCGGAAAAGGCCAGACUGAAGAAGCCUGGGCCGCCUUGGGCUGCUUUGGUCACUGACGACUAUCAGUGGCUACAAGUGGAUCUGAAUAAGGAAAAGAAGAUAACAGGCAUUGUAACCACCGGCUCUACUAUGGUGGAACACAACUACUAUGUGUCUGCCUACAAAAUUCUGUACAGUGAUGACGGGCAGAAAUGGACUAUUUAUAGAGAACCUGGUGUGGAGCAGGAUAAGAUAUUUCAAGGAAACAAAGAUUAUCACCAGGAUGUACGUAAUAACUUUCUGCCACCAAUUAUUGCACGCUUUAUUAGAGUGAACCCUACCCAGUGGCAGCAGAAAAUUGCCAUGAAAAUGGAAUUGCUUGGAUGUCAGUUUAUUCCUAAAGGUCGUCCGCCAAAACUUACUCAACCUCCACCCCCUCGGAACAGCAAUGACCUCAGAAACACUACAUUCUCUCCAAAAAUAGCCAAAGGUCGUGCCCCCAAAUUUACUCAACCACUGCAACCUCGCAGCAGUAAUGAAUUUCCUGCAGAGACAGAACAAACAACUGCUACUCCUGAUAUCAAAAAUACCACUGUAACUCCAAAUGUAACCAAAGAUGUGGCGUUGGCUGCGGUCCUUGUCCCUGUGCUGGUCAUGGUCCUCACCACUCUCAUUCUCAUAUUAGUGUGUGCCUGGCACUGGAGAAGCAGAAAGAAAAAAGCAGAAGGCACCUAUGACUUACCAUAUUGGGACCGGGCAGGUUGGUGGAAAGGAAUGAAGCAGUUUCUCCCUGCCAAGUCAGUGGAACACGAGGAAACCCCAGUUCGCUACAGCAAUAGUGAGGUUAAUCACCUGAGUCCCAGGGAAGUCACCACGAUGCUGCAGACCAACUCCGCAGAGUACGCACAGCCACUCGUGGGAGGACUCGUUGGCACCCUUCACCAGAGAUCCACCUUCAAGCCAGAAGAAGGGAAAGACACAGGCUACGCAGACCUCGAUCCUUACAACUCGCCGGUACAGGAGGUGUAUCAUGCCUACGCUGAACCACUCCCCAUCACUGGGCCUGAGUAUGCAACGCCAAUCAUCAUGGACAUGUCAGGGCACUCCACAGCCUCAGUGGGCCUGCCUGCCACGUCCACUUUCAAAGCCACAGGGAACCAGCCUCCUCCUCCUCUGGUGGGAACUUGCAGUCCACUUCUCGCCAGGACUGACAGCUGCUCCUCAGCCCGGGCCCAGUAUGACACCCCAAAGGGUGGGAAGCCAGCUCCAACCACCCCAGAUGAGUUGGUGUACCAGGUACCACAGAGCACACAGGAAGUAUCAGGUGCCGGGAGAGAUGGGGAAUGUGAUGUUUUUAAAGAAAUCCUUUGAGGGUUAUGCUGCUUUUUUCAAGCACCAUUUUAAAGCACAUGGCCUUUUUA